GUGUGUGACGUGUCGUGUGAGUCUGCUCGUAUGUACGUACGUACACGCAAGUGUGUGAAACUGAUAAUUCUCACUCACAGGCAUAACGAUGGACCAGGUCAUCCAGACGAGGAGAGGCAGUGCUCUGCUGUCGUCCGCCCUCACCUUCUACCUGCUGGGGGCCCUAAGCCACGCCCUGCCCCACCCUCCGACCGCUCCCCCUCUUUACGAAGGCCUGCCCUUCAUCGUGGUGUGGAACAUACCCACGAUCGCUUGCCGAAAGCACGCCGUUCCCCUGGACACCUCCCCGUUCCGGGCGGUGACCACGCCUGCCAAGGUGCCCGGGCAGCCCCUCAUGCUGUUCUACUCGAACCGGCUGGGGCUGUACCCGCACGUGAACGCGGCCACCAAGCAGAAGCUCUACGGGGGCAUCCCGCAGAGAGGCAACCUGACGGCCAGCCUGGCCAAGGCCCAGACCGACAUCGCCCAUUACAUCACCUCCGAGUCCGACCCCGGGAUGGCCGUCAUCGACUGGGAGGACUGGCGCCCCCUGUGGGAGAGGAACUGGGGUUCCAAGAGGAUCUACCGCAUCUUGUCCAUCAUCCACGCCCGUCAGAAACACCCCUUCAUGUCCUCUAGUCAAACCAUUGCCGCGGCGAAGAGUCAGUUCCAGGACGCCGCUCGGAACUACAUGGCAGCGACCCUGGGGCUGGGGGUGAGGCAGAGGCCCCGGUACCUGUGGGGCUUCUACCUGUUCCCCAAUUGCUACAACUACGGGUGGGCGGAGCCCGGCUACACCGGGAGGUGCCCCGCGGAGGCGCAGAGCCAAAAUGAUGAGCUGCUGUGGCUGUGGGAGUCGAGCACUGCCCUCUACCCGUCCGUCUACCUGCUGUCCUCCCUGGGAGGGAGCGGCAGCGCUGCCCUGUACGUCCGUAACCGCGUCCAGGAGGCCAUGAGAGUGGCCGUGUUACCCAAGAGGCCCUUCACCGCCCCUGUCUACGUCUACACCCGUCCGGUCUUCCCUGACCAGAACAAGAGCUUCCUCAGCACGGGGGACCUGGUCAGCACCAUCGGGGAGUCGGCGGCAGUGGGGGCCUCCGGCUCAGUGCUGUGGGGGGCCAGCGCAGACUACAACGACAAGACUUCAUGUGAAGCCCUGUCCAAUUACCUAACAUCCACCCUCAACCCAUACAUUGCCAACGUGACGGCGGCGGCCAAGCUGUGCAGCCGCUCGCUCUGCCAGGGCAACGGCCGCUGCGUGCGGAAGAACUACGACUCCAGUGACUACCUGCACCUGAACCCUCGAACCUUCACCAUCAUCAGGUACAAGAUGAGUUAUGUGGCCAUCGGCAGGCUCACCGUCUCUGACCUGAGCGUCUUCGGCAAAAAGUUCACCUGUCAGUGCUACGCUGGUCGGGACUGCUCCCCCAAACUAUCCACCCUGCUUUCCAGGACCCCGCUAGUCAUUCACUUGUAGCAUGGCAUAGCUUUUAAUACAUGACAAAAUGUAUUUAAUUUAUGAGUGGGCACACUCAAAUCUCAGGCAAGUUGUCAAAUGUUAAAAAUCAGCACAGGACUGGUUGUUUCAUUUCACCGAACUGCAAAUCAGUCAACGCUUUUGUGUUGUAAGCUUUUAAUAUAUUUGCUUUGUAUAACCAUUUCUUCAUCCAUGUGC